CCGGCCAGAGGAUAUUGCAGACCAGGAACUAGCAGAAGCAAUACAGAAGUCCGUAGAGGAAGCAGAACGUCAGAAGCCUUGAUGCAUGUAGUGUGUGUUUACUGCAGCUGGAGUGGGCCACAGACCAGAGAAGAGUGACAAAGAAACUACCUCACUGGAAAUGCCCUCAUUACCAGCUUCUGAUGGGUUUCAAAAUCCAGUCCAGUCUUCAGGACUAAAUUCCAAGAUCUGUAAUCCCACAAAUCAAUUACUUGAUCGUUCUGUCUCUGCCCCUGCUUCAAUUUGCUCAUCUAAAUCUAGCCUUGCAGAGCCCAUUGAUCCUAGAGCCGUCAAGUCUUUUGAGUCUUCAACUGAAUGCCAGAUAACCCCAGAAAAAGAACGUCCUCUCUUAUUACAGCAUCUUUCCAAUAAUGCUUCCUUGGCAAAUAACGACCUUUCUCCCCAGACAGGGGAGGCAACCUGUUGCAAUCCAGCUUGCCUUUCACAGAAGACACUCAAAGAAACAUUUAUUGCUGACAGUCUGAAGGAAAGUGACGCUAAAGAACAAGACCGUGGUCAGGAACAUCCUUUGGAGGUGACAAAAGAAAAUGGUUUGGCUGACACUGCUGCUAAGCAUGGGCAAAAUAGAGAUGUAUGUCGGUCUUCAGAACAGGUGGAACAGGAGCAAAAGCAUAAGCUUCCCAUAGACCAUCAGACGUGCGAAGAACCAGAAAAGGAACAUCUGGAGGAGCAAACUGAGACAACUGACCCAAAGCCUCCUUGCCACGUUGGUGCGGUUGAGAAACCUGUUGUGGAAGAAGCCAGCCAGCCAGAAAAUCCUCCUAUGGAAACAAGAGGAGAUGGACUGGAGAAAGCGGGUCUUCCCUGUGCGAAAGGAAGCAUCCAAAUGUCAGCCUCCUGUAGCCGUACGCACAUGGAAGCCUUCAUGGAGAUAGAUGUAGUUGAGCAGUCUGUAGCUGAAGCGCACCGCUCAGCAAGCAAGCAGAAGCGGCAGGCUGAGAGCAGAAGCCUAUCUGACCUGAACUCGGAUGCUUUUUCCAUGGAGGUGGAGAUGCCGAAGCCUGCAUUGUCCCUGAGUGAUCUGCUUUCCACCAGCGAUGUCCCGCAGUCGAAAGGCGCUAGUGAAAUUCCUGCAGGGUACAAUGAGUUGUCUGAUUUGGUGGCUGAAGACAGCUCUUCCCCCUCCAGCAUCCAUCAGCUGGACAGGGAUCCAGGAAGACCUUCAGAAGAGCCAUGUUUCUCUCUAGCAUCAGCCUUAAAAGAGCUUCACAAACUCCUGAUUGUCAGUCGGAAAGGAGAGAGUAGAAUCCUUGCCUCUGAAGAAGUCUCUCAGCUGGAAAGGGUUCACAAAGAGCCAGCAGCACAGCAGAAGGGGCUUUCUGAAGGUGAGCAGAAAGGUUCAGAUCCAGCCAGCCAGGAACAGAGUUGUUCCCCCUGUGAGUUGAUGUCUGAAGGUGAAAGAGCAGAGGGGAAACAGCCUUGUCAUUCUGGUAUAGAAAACAACAGCACCGUGUCUGUCAGUCCCGCACAGCCUGCUCUCGGAGAAGGUGCUUUAGAGAUUCAGAAGCUUCCAGGUAAGAGUGAUUUGGUUGUGGCGAGUUCUGCAGCACCAUCUGACCAGCAGCAGAGCUCUGAGCAGGUGGAGGUUUUGACAGAAAGUUAUCAGAGUCCAACUAGUCCAGCUGUGGAGCAAAAUGCAUCCAUUUCCUCUCCGCCUGCUUUGGCUGAAGGUGCACCUCAAGAUGCUCGGAGCCUGUUCACAGAAGGACCUGGGAGAAGCAGCAGUUCUACUCCUGCAGGUCCAUGGCCCUCGGGUGGAUGUGAGGAACCACUGCUGAGCCCACCAGCUGGACUCACCUCGGGUGCUUCACCACCUGCUUUCCCUGCGGCUGAUGUUGAUCGGAUCCUCAGCGCUGGUUUUACCAUGCGGGAAGCUCUUGAGGCUUUGGAACAAGCAGAAGGAAACGCAGAUCUUGCUCUUCUCAUUUUGCUAGCCAAGAGUAUUGUUGUUCCUACAUAACUACGGAAAAGGUAGCUGACUGGGGUGUCUUUUCUUUUAAAGGACAUAUCUAAAUUAUACACCAUAAUGUACAAGCAGAAUGUUGAGCCAGAUUUUUUUAAUUAUUUGCAGCCAAAGUAACUUGUCUCUUCUGUUUCACUCAUUAGAUUUGGCCUUUUGAAAGAAAGAAAACGUCCUAGUGUUGUGCGGACAGGGUAGCUUUGAAUUAUGCAUACUGGAUUAAAAUUAAUGUUUUUAUUUAAAAGUACAAUUUUAGAAUAAGCUCCAAUGUUACAAAUAAAAAGCAGAAGCCAUUAAGAUCACCGCCCUGUCUAGCGCAAAGCAGAUUGUGAAGUGAAUUGACCAUGCCUGUGUGUGCACAGGACAGGAGGUGCACGUGAGUUCGGUGUGGUGCAGAUGUGAAACAGCGCUUGUCCAAACGGACUUUGUGGAUUUGUUGUAGCUCUCCUGCGCUUUGUAACCCAAUGUCCCAUCUGUGACGCUGAUGAAACUAUUACGGCAGCUACUGAAGGUAUGUAGAUGCCCACAGACAUGUAACACUUUGCAAGAGGGGUGGAGGGGGUUUCUGGAAGCGUGUGGUUUUGUGUGUGCAUGGGGAAAGCUGAUGCUUGUUUUUGCCAAACCCUUUAAUGCUCUUGGGCCAGUGUGUUCAAGUUUACAACAUUGGGGAUAGAAGAAGGGAAGGGAUAGACUUUGGUGCUACCAAAACUUAAGAGACGUUUUAACUUAUUUGAAGAUGUGCUGGUAUUAAUUGUAGAUGCAGCAGGGGGGGGAGGGGAAAAGGAGUAUUUUACUUGUUUUUUUCUAGCCUUGCCCACAUCAUGUUUCCCCCGUGCAAGAGAACAAGCUCAACCACUUUAAGGCAAAACCUUAACGAUGAAAUUGUUUAACAAACCAACUGUGUGUUACGGCUCUUAAUCCCCCUCUGCCCGGGACAGAAUGAACAGUUUCAGUGCGUGCAUUCUCUAUGCACGAAGCAGGGGUGUGAUCAGCAGAAUGAAGAAAUCUGCUUUGCACUAGUUGAUCUGGAUGUCUGGGGACGAACAGCCUCUCAGCUGUGGAAAUGCAAACUGCAGAAAGCCUGUAGCGGCUGGUGGGGUACUAAAAAUUUAAUACCUCUUAAAAAGCGAGGGCUCCCCAAUAGGGUUGAUGAAACAAAUGCACUGACAUGGCUUCUGCAUUACAACCAUUGUGGCCUUCUGGGAAGUCCCCGGCGAGUAGCCUGCGUGACGAGGACUCACCGAGGCUGUGCUGUAGGAAGCCCUUUCCAGAUGCUUUUUUUGGGGAUAAACUACUUCUGAUGCUCUGCAAAGCCCCAAAACACUGUUGGGGCUAGGGGAAGGGGAAGGAAAGUGUGGCUGGAAUGUGAUAACCAAAUUUUAAACAGGAACUUUUAAUUAGUCCCACUUGCAAAUCUCGGAAGUGGCUUUGUGUCAUCUUGAACUUUCUGCUUUGAGCUAAACCUGAAGCUAUGGGUCAGCAGCGGCUGGAAACAUGUUUUUGUUCAUGGCUUUCAUUUGUUGUCAUCAUUGUCUCAGGCCUGUGUUUCUGGUGUUUUGUUCUCCCUGUUGCUUAGCAGAUUUGCCUGUGUGUAUGCAAGGUUUUUUUUCACGUGUGGUGGCAUUUAAAAGCCACACAAAUUUGGUGUCAUCUGUCAACUUGCAGGAGUUUCUGAUGUCAGUGAGUGGUGGUUGUCAGAUUUUUCUUAGAUGCUUGGGUAGCCAGGAGAUCCUUGAGAAUAACAAAGAGCUAUAAGGCAUUCCUGUGUCUGUCAGGUGGAGCUUUUGCAUGAGCUGUGAGCCUACCAGCUAGGUGUGGGGCUCCCAGACAUGUUUUGCUCAUGUCCCUCAUGAGCUCAUUGUGGUGCUGGCAGCAGGCACUACUCUGUGGGUGUGGAGGUAGCAGUGUUUGCCUGUUUGGGAGCCCCUCACCACAGCAGCAUCGAGUAAUUCACUUCAGGCUCUGUUCAAAAUGAGUUACUGAGGCAAGACAAUGACCCUUACCAGGCAGGUGGUAAGAGUAAUCCCCUGCUGAAGUGGUUUUUUUUUAAUAUUCUCCUUGCAAUGACCACCUCAAAUGGGCAAAAUCCCCCUCUGACAAGGGUAACGCUUGGGCUGGUACAGGAGUACAGCGUCAUCGGACCUUUCUCUAGAAGCCUUAGGAAGUAAAAUAUAUUAGACCCAUUCCCAUCUGCAUCUGGUUUGUUAUCAAAAGCAGCAACACGAGUGAGGCUCCCAGCUCUCAGAUCCAGAGCAUCCUCAGUCUAAACAGCUGAAUCUGCUCCAAAUUCACACCACGGAUCUCAGUGAGGUGGUCCUAGGAGCAAGCCCUGACCUGGUACACAGACACCAGCUGCAGGUUGGUCCUCGGAUGCACAAGAGCCGAAUUUGCGCCCUUAGCCUGCAGGUUGGUCUACUGCCAGCUUCUUGAAGCAUCAGAUGUUAGCUAGUCAAUGUUAUACCCUUUUUGUAUUUACACUUUAUGUUUUUAGAAGCAAUUGCUAAUAGCUAGACAAAGUACUGCUGCUUUGCACCGAACAGGUUAAAGGCUCUAGUUUUAUGGCCACAUUUACUUAGACUGCAUAUACAGAAUUUAUGCUAUAAAAGCUUUAGACCGUCAGCCAAUUUGCUUCAAUGCUCAGUUUUAUUCUUUGUCAAACAUAAUUUUUGAAAUCUGCCCUUCUGCCAAAGCUGUACGGAAACAUUUAUCAGUAGUGCUAGAAUUUCCUGGGUAACUUUCUCUGAACUGCUAGAAACAAAGCCUGACCCCCAGUGGAUAAAUACAUGUAAAACUCUUUUUUAUCAAGUCGGUCCAAGCCUGGUGAUUUAAAUCUCUUUAAUUUCAGAGCCUUGCUUUGAGUGAAUGGCUACGUGCUGCUAAAUUAGGGGGUAAUUUUUUUAGGAGCAAGAAUUAUGUUGGAGAAAAUUGGGGCAGUGGUGAGUAUUUAAGGUUAAAAUAAAAUGUAAUAGAACGUGUAUUUAGCAAAUGCUGUCUAAAAGUUGUCUUCUGUUUUAACAUGCACAUGUGUCCUCUCUGCUGUAUGUACGCAUCCUUUGCUCAGCCUUCAGCAAUCCCUUACCUGGCCCACAGUGGGAAUACUUCUAUUUUAGCAGGGAUGACAGACUGCUACAGCUUGUUGGCUAGAGCUCUGGGGAUAAAGGUAACGCCAAAAGCUGUUCAGGUUUCCAAGGAGCCAUGUAUCCUUAGCCUGAAAUAAGGCUCUUCACUCCCUUCUCUUCCCCCUCCUCAUUAACCAUUGCUCCAAUGUACUAAUGUCACAUCAGCUUAGCAAAAUGAUUUCGCUAUGAAAAGUCAGUCCAUGGAGAAUAAAGCGGCACUUGGAAACUGCUCCUUAAAGGUGCCAGUGCCUGUGGGGACCCUUGUGGGUCUGUAGAGCUUGUUUCCUGGUGUUUCCCAAAGCCACUGCAGUCAUGUAUCUUGCUGUGGGUUUCUGAGAUGUAUUCUCUUCCUUAAGGAUACUGAAGGAAUUUACUUGGCCUCUUGCUGAACACGUGUUUCUGUACAUGAGGCACUAGGUGAGGUUAGAGGUGAUGAUUAGUGAAAUACCGACAUCUGAAAGUUUCUGGGCACAGAUAAUUCUGCCAAGAGGAGGAAAUAUUUCCUGGUGAUGGUCCCUGGCAUGUUUACCUGCUGCUGGACAGAGCUGAGCUACGCUGCGUUAUCGUGACAAUCUCUGCCUUGUUGCUACGUACGUUCAACUUUCUACGUAGACACUUGGUCUCCGGGACUGUUAACCUUGUACCUCCUAGAUAUGUUCCUUUUUCUGUCUUUGUCUCUUGCUGUCUCCUUUCCUCAAAAGUAGCAAUAUUUAAGUGUACUGGCUGAAUGCUUAACUUCCAGAUAAGUUUUCUUUGAAACACUAUGCCAUUUACAAAUAAAAGGAGGAACAGAUCCUAGAGGUUUCCUCACCAGACUUGGACUUCUUGCCAAACGGCUCCCCAGAACUCUUAACGUGAAUUCAAAGAGGAGAAAUCCAGAGGUAUUUUUGCCUGCCUCUCUCAGAAGUCAGCUUGGGAAAUGGGGUCGGUUUUGUGUACAUCAUUCCCUUCUGAAGCGUUCAAGAUAUUUCUUCCUGCACUGUGUAGACGAGGCUUAGUCCGUGAUCCAAAUGUGUAGCGGUUUGGGUUAAUCUCUGACUGAUGCUUUUUAGCUUAAGAGUUUUACAGACUCAUGUAAGGAACUUGAGGGAAUCAAUACUCAGGAAUCCUAAAGCUGGUUGCAUUUGUGUCAUUUACUCUUCUGGGCUGAACAUACUGCGGUUGUCCUCGCAGGUGGCUGAAGGGAGGAGUGGUUGUGUCAUCAGAGAAUGGGAUGUGGUUCUGCCCAAAGUAAUACACACUUGAUUCUUUUUUUGAUUUUUUUUUUUUAAUAUUGGGGGACUGUUUAUCAACAAAAUUGAUGUGUAAAAAAAAUUUGAUAUUUAAAAAAAUGAAUAAACACUUUAUCAUAAUGUU